AUGUCGGAUGAGCUGGGUGUCGACAAAACAGUAACAAAGGAUGAAAGCAAGGCAUCUCCGCCGCGUGAUGAGAGAAAAAGAAGAAAGGUCGCAAAGAAGCAGAAAGCAACAAGAAGAAAGGGGACAUUUCUGAGGAAAGGAGAGGACAUUCUCGACAUUUCUUUGCACAUUAGGAGAGGACAUCUUCGACGAGGUCCGACUGCGACCGAACCCAGCGACAAUCGCUACAAAUGGUGUGCUGCUCUGCUCUCAGUAUCAAUAAGAAGUUUAUGGCAUGAGUUCCGCGAACUUCGCAAUUACAAACCACCCGAUUUCACAGCUGAGGCGUAUGAGAAGAACGACGCGAAAAACAGAUACAAUGACAUCUUAUGCAUAGACGCAACAAGAGUUCGACUGAAGGCUCGCUCCGAAAAUGAUGACUACAUACAUGCUAACUGGAUUACAAUGCCGGAUAAUCAAAAGUACAUUUGUACACAGGGACCUCUCGCCGAAUCUGUGGAAGACUUCUGGCACAUGAUUUUUACGGAAAAAAGUAAUGUCGUGAUAAAGCUCUGUCACUUCGUUGAAGGUGGUCAUGAAAAGUGUUACCCAUAUUUCGCAUCUGAACCGAAUAUACCUGUGGCAUUCGGUAAACUCUACAAAGUCACUGUUAAAAGAUGCUAUGAGCCUGAUCCAACCGGAACAAUUCAACAUAAAUUGAUCGAAAUAGAAGUUUUAGGAACAGUCGCAAAAGUGCAUCACAUAGCAAGCUUAGAUUGGCCCGAUCACACAGCACCGAGCAAUCCUUUAGCGGCUGUGACGAUCUUGAAACUCGCACGGAUGCUAAGCGCUGGGCGUCCAAUCACAGUUCAUUGCUCUGCUGGGAUCGGAAGAACAGCUACAUUCGUAGGAAUUGACUACGCUAGUCAGAAAAUAAGGCAAAAUGCAAACACUUCGAUGGGAGACGUGCUCAAAGAGCUAAGACAGCAGCGUCUUUACGCCAUACAGUCGCCGAUACAGUACACCUUCCUACACAUAUGCAUUCUGGAAAUGUUUCUUGAAGAAGGAGUGGUGGUACGCGAUGGAAUCGUUCUUGAAUACUAUGAAGCGUACACCAACAUGCUGAAAAAAUACUCCAAAUCAUAUCCAUAUAGUAAGGAACGGUUAGCGACGACCUGA